AUGGCAUUUCCUCCACCUUACAACAAUCCAAUGAUGGCACCGAGAAUGCCACAGCCUAAUCAGCCAGGCCAAUUUACAGGACAAAAAUUUGGAUUCUUUUCACCCCAAACAACUAUACCAACGAUGCCUCCACAAGUUAUGCAAAUGCAGAUUCCACAGUUGCCUAUAGUUGGAGGGGUUCAAUUGACCUUAAGACCAAAUUUUCGACCGUUUGUGAGACGACCGGUUUAA